AUGGAACGGCAUAGUGAAAAGCCGCGUAAAAGUAUCAUUACAGAAACGAAAAAACUUAAAACAGGUGAACUAAUCAUUACAGAAAUAAAACUUGAAAAAGGUUUAAUAUUAGAGCUGAAUGAUGGGACUGUACAAGUUGAAAUAUUUGCUAAUGGUUUAAAACCAGGAAAAGAUGCCAAACAUUCGAAAAAUGGAGACGUAUAUUUGGAUUGGGUCAACGGUUACCAAGGAUUUGAAGUAAAGAUCGAAUUAGAUGACAGAACGGUUUCAAUGUUGGUCAAAAAAAUGCCCGGGAAAAUCGUCGGGGCAUACUCCACAUGGCAUGUAGAGAAAGAUAAGCUAGUAAUCAGGAUGACAAAAGCUGAAAACAUAUCAUGGGCAGAUAAACUUCAUACUAAAGGAAUAGACAUGGGCAGUAGCAGUAGUGAAGAAGAUUAA